GUUCGUCUUGACCUUCGACGGCCGCGACGUUUGAACUUGGGCGCAUGCUCCUUGCCAGCUACUCUCCUUCAUCCUACCCCGUUUGAUGCGCGAUGCCUUCGUUCCUAUCCAAAGUCUUCACGCGCAAGAAGGAUGAGAAGGACGCUUCCCACCCGCCCAAGCGUACCUCAGUAGCCUCCCUCCUCGAGGGCAAGUUCGAGGCCGUUUCUCCGCCCGCGUCGCCCUCCGCGACGAACGUCGUGCACGCCCAGCAGGCCCCGAAGGAGGAGAAGAAGGAGGAGAAGAAGGAGAAGGAGAAGGACGUCGGCUUCUCCCUCUUCAGGACCAGGUCGCCCCGCCCCACGUCUCCCAAGACCGACACCGCGAAACCGCAGCUGCCCCACCUCACGCUCAACCUCCCCGAGGAGAAGAGCAGCGACGGUCGGCAGCUGGCGUCUGUGUUCGACGCGGACGCGGGCGAGCGCGCCGUCCUGCCCAACGAUGUCAUUGGAGAAAGGCGACUGAAUCCCUCCGAGGCGCUCAACCUCGUCAAGGCAUGUUCGACAGCUAUCGUAGACCGUGGUGGCCUGGAGACGCUCGGUGUGAUGCACCCGCACUGGUACUCCGCGUCGCCCGACGUACAGCGCAGACUAAUUUCUCUAUUUAUCCUCUCAUUGGCUUCCAAAAGCCCGUCCACGCUCCCUCCCUCUCCUAAUUCACCCUCCGCUUUAUUUAAUACCGAGUUGGAAUACACUCGCUCUCCGCAUGAUCUCGCCGCCGUCCUCCGCUGGGCUCUCCGCCACCUCCGGCUGGAGGGCGACUUCUUCGGUCUUGGCAGCAGUAGUGCUGAGCCGUGGCAGUGGUACAAGACGUUCUCGGAGGCUGAGCGGGCGGCGUCGUACCCCUCUAGUGCGUUCUCCCGAUUCCUCACUCCGCAACUGCCCCCGGCGCAUCUGCGCCUCCUCGAGGCGACACUCGAGAUCGUCUCGUCCCUGGCUUCGCACUCCGACCGUAGCGGCGUGUCUGGCAGCAAGCUCUCCAAGCUAUUCGGUCUCUGGCUCUUGACUACACGACGUGCCGAGGACGGGGACGACUGGUCGACAUUCUACGCACGAUGGGAGCGUGCAGGUCGAAUAUUGGAGCAUCUCCUUCUAGCACAGACCAGGGAUGAGAUGGCCCGCACAAAGAUGCCCCGGCGCCUAGUUGAGCUUGUCGCUGGCUAUCCGUACCUCAAGACCGGCGAGCCCGCAGACUACCUUCUGCCGCGACCGCGCCUCUCGACAAGGACGUACGACGCAUUGUACGUGCGCGUCGAGACACGGCUUCCCGACUUUUCGGUCUCGAAGCCCAAGCAGCCUCCGCAACAGAUCAUCGCCGACGCCGUCAAGGCGGAAGGCGCGGCGCAGGCUGGUGAGCACGACAGCUUGUGGGAGCUGCUCAAGCAACACGCCGCUGCUACUGAGAAGACAGCUCUGGCUCCUGAAGACGACACGGGUCCGGCAUUGUCACGCGUCUUCACCGACGAGACUAUCCGCUUGUUCUCUAUGCUUCCCAGUGAAGGCUCGAAGACCGAGGCCACCACUGUUAAGCUGGGAAUCCCGGAGCACCGUGGGCGCUCACGGUCUGUUGGAGCCGGUCAGAACGGAACUCUGACGAACGGUACCACCAGGGCGACAAUGUCCACGACGGAUCUUUCGCCCAAGGACUGGUCUGACUUCUCAUCCCUUGGAUUCGGCGAUACCUCCCUCGGCAAGGAUCUCGCCUCGACGCUGAUGGAUAACGACCUCGAGGUGACCGAACCACCGCUGGUGCACCGUAAGUCGAGCAAGACGCAGAGGGCCAGCCCGCCUCGUCGUACACAGCUUGAUGCGACCAGCCGCACGGUCACUCUCCCAUCAAAGUGCGCGUCGGUCAACUUCGUCCAGAUCGAUGAGGCCUUCAUCGACUUCUGGAGCGACGCCCUGUUUGAUCCCAUCGCUAGUAACUGGCCCAGCUUUGUCAUUUGCCAACUGAGGCCUGUCGCCGGGCUCGAGGCGAACGGCAAACCCCUCAGCUGGCUCGUCAUUGAGCAAGUCUUCACGCGCCCCCCGCCUCCGCCCGAGCCGGCGUCGCCUGUGCUGUACCGCGCGGCGUCGCCCAAGCCCUCAUUGCGCUCGAAUAUCUCCGCGCGCAAGAGCGUGACGUUUUCGAAUGCGAAGAAGCGUUUCACGCUGUUCUCAUCAAAGGACACGAUCGGCAGCCUGGAUGCAAAGCUUGCGACGCGCAAGAAGACGGGCAAGCCGUCGACGGUUGGAGAGAUGGGCGAGAUCCUAUCUGAGGAGCCGGAAAAUCCGCCUGCUGCUCCUGAGAAGACGGAGGCUGAGGCGAAGAGUCCAGGUUCGACCGGCGCGGAAGUUGCUGCGGGCGUCGCUGCUGCUGCUGCUGCUGCUGCUGCGACUGCUGGAACUGCUGCUGCUGCCUCCGAGAAGGUCGACGCUGACCUACCUCCUGUUCCUAUCGUGGAGUCGGAGGCCCCCGUUGUGGAAGCUGUCACGGCCGUUACGCCUGUUAAGAGCGACGAGGAGCCCACAGAGAAACCGACCAAGUUUGUCGAGCACAUCACGCCUCCGACCAACACGUCGCCUGCGUCUUCGGAAGUGAACGGUGGUGAUCAAGACGUCGCAGAGUCCAAGGAGCUGCCGCCUGCUCCUGAGCCUGUCGUGCUUGCUGGGGAGACUCCAGGACCCGACGUGGCACUCAGCACUAGCGAGCCCGUGGCUAUGGCCGAGGCAUCUGCGCAUGCGGAGAGUGCAUCAGCAGAAGAACCUGGUGCUCCCGCCGUGGUUGAAGAGACUCGCCCUGCUCCGCAAGAGGUCGAGGUUGCCACAGCGGCUACAGAGCCCGUAGAUGUUGUCCCCGCUGAAUCAGAGGCCGCACUGGUGCAGGAAUCCCUCGCUGUACCUGACGUUGAAGCGGAGGCUCCCGCUGGACUCACCGAAGUAGCUGCAGAGCCCGAGGCUGUCGAGCCCCCUGCCCCGGUUGCAGAACCUGAAGUGCUGCCAACCGAAGAGGAGCCGGCGGCUGAACCGACGCUAGCUGCUGAGGACACUGUUGUGGAACCUACGGCAGCAGAAGUUGCGGUUGCGGAGGAUGAGCCUCAGGGAGCGCAAGAGCCUGUUCAAUCAACAGAGGAACCAACUGCUCAAGGCACGAGUGGUGAACCGGAUUCCGCAGUCGCCGCGCCUGAAGAAAAGGAGCCUGUUGCCGAAGAGGGUGCACCCAUUGCGACAAAGGAGAGCGCACUCGCCGCGCCUGAGGAGCCUGAAGAGCCUUCGCCCGCUGCACUUGAAGAGAACAUUGUAGCUCAGGAUCAAGAGGAGCCAGUAGUGGAAGAGCCAGUCCCUAGCCCACCUGCAGCAGAAUCGACGGAGGCUGUUGAACAUACUGGUGAGACAGCGGAGCAAAACGUUGAGGGGGCACCCGAGUCGUCGAAAGAGCCGGUGGUUGAACCAGGGACGCAAGUGGCGGAAGAACCUCGGAAUGGGUCUGCCCAUGCCGAUGACACCGCCUAGCCGGACAAUCGCCGCUCGAACGGGCUCUGGCUUCUACAGUCGCGCAUUUGUGCCAGAGCACCUGGGUUUUCCCAUUUGGAUUCGAGUCAUGUUGAGAACGAGAUCUAUGUCAUCGGUGGAGAGGUGAAGUGAGGGAGUUAGUCUUAUUGAUUCCAGGUUAUGCGUUGAUGAUACCCGUCUAUCCCGGCCUAUUCUUGCUGUCGCCACCACUAUGCUGUUGCUGUGUCGAUAAUCCGCUUCUCUCAUUCCCUAUCUCCAUCACUUAGGAUGCAGACCCGAUACAUUUACUUUCAGCCUAUUACACAGCUACGACACAUGCAUGGACUGUCUUUGCUACAGAUCAGUCCGC